AUGAAGGGCUCUAAUAAUUCUUCGGCUGUAUAUACAACAUUAAGGCCGUUACCACCGCCACCCUUCUCUGCUAUCACAAGGCCGACUGUGCGAACAAACCGAUAUCCCAGAGAUGAUAGUUCUGAAGAUGAAACUGGCCCACAAAGUCAGUCUGAAACUGCUAUGGAGAACAUCAUCAGUCAGCCACAACCAUUGUCAUACACAUACGAUACUUUCAUGUGCGACAUGGGGUCUACGGAACGACAGCAUCCCAUCGACAUGCCCGACCACAACAAGUAUGUUAAGUCAAUACUUGCUGAGAGCAGAAGAGAUCAGGACCUCCUUCAAUCACCGCCAUAUCCGAUACACGGUCAAUGCAUUGAAGGACGGUCAGCAGGUGCUAUGCAUAACAAUGGGAGCAACAUACGUCGGCCGACAACAGAAGACUAUCUCCGAUCAGACCACCCACUACCCGCGCCACCACCCGAGUAUGAUUCUGAUCAAGACCUUCCUGUCAUCGAGCCGGAUUCCUGUUUCCCUGAAAACUUUCACAACGAACACGAACCGCAGCAAGUCGAUACCCAGUUUCAAGAAUCAUAUCUGACUGUUCCGGAACGACACUCCGCAGCUGCUAAUGCUCUGACCUACCCUAAAUCUGCAAUUAAGCCAAAUUACAAACAUUCACAACCUGACAUCAUCUCCAAUUCGCACGUGCCUGUUCUUGCAUACGAGCCAACUAUGCCUGAACACUACGGCACACCUGAACGUGUGCCAACCAUCAGUGUUGACAUGUACCAGCCAGCUCUCGGCGGCUUGCAGAUGGUCUCAGGUAUGCAACGUAGUGAUUCGAAGCGGAAUCGCGUCUGGCGCUGGAUGAAAGGUCACAACCCCUUUCGUCGGGGCCGAGAGUUUGAGCGCCAGCAGAAAGACCAAUGA